UGCUUUCAAACAUUUAGAAGACUUGUUUAUUAGCUACGAAGCUUGGGUGGAAACCGAAAAUUUAGUUAGGAUUUUUUUUUUAUUUUUGAGAAAAAAAUAUGACAACAGACGUAGCAUCGCAGCCAGAGGAGCCAGAAGAACCAGUUGAAGUUUUGUUACCGAAUACAAAUAUCGUUACACAUUGCGUUUUGAAAAAUGACGUCGAACGUUUGAGAAAAUCUUUUGAGGAUGAUGAAGAUCCAUACAAAGAAACUGUAGCCGAUUUGAUAAACUCCAGAGGUCGUGAUGGAAAAUCUCCUCUUGACUUGACAUCAACGCUUGGUAGAAUAGAACUUGCAAAGGAAUUAAUACUUAGAGGCGCUGAAGUUAAUUCUGCAAAUAUAAAAGGGUAUACAGCUCUACAUCAUGCUGCUGCUUGGGGAAAAGUCAGUCUUUUGAAAGUGUUGGUAGAUGCUUUAGCAGAUUUACAGCUGAAGACAGCGCAUGGAGAAAGGGCUCGGGAAACAGCGUUAAGAUACAACCAAACAGAAUGUGUGGACUUCCUAGACUGGGCAGAGGCAAAAUCAGAGCUACUGGAGGCUAUCCGAAAUCAUCAGGAAUUUUUGACAGAUCCUGAAAGAAAUCAAGGCCGUCUUACCAAAGAAGACAAGAACAUCAUUACCAACUCAUGUAAAGAAAAAACAGAAUGGGUGGAGAACACCUCUGAUGCUACGACACAGGAUUUCAUAUCACAGAGACAAAACCUGGACGAAAUCAUCACACCAAUAAUACAGAAACUUAACGAACCAGUAGAAACAGUAAGUAUAUAAUUAGUUUGAGCGCAUGUGUGUUCCCCUUUUGUCCACCCAGAAUGACGAUAUCACUUUUUUUUACUGCCUACACAACAUCUGUCUGAACUCAUUAUUGAACUCCAUUAACUCGGAAUGUUUGCUGUGAUUUAAAGCAUGACAUUAAUUUGUUUACCACCACUUGGCAAGUUGUUGUUGGUAGAGCGUGCAUCACAAAUUAGAAAGGUUUAUAGUUUGUCCGGGUAAUGUGGAAUGGUGUUGUUUUAAUCUGAUUAACAAGAAUGCAUCAGGCAUCUCCAUUACUGUUUUACAAUCAUCAUGUGUCAUCAGUAAAUUAUAGCAGAAUUAUAUUUUAAUUAUAUUUCAUGUGCUCUGCAUUUAAUUUUUUUUUAACCGUCUAGAAUUUUUACAACUACUCACAUUUGGUCUAAAGCAAAAUAAUAUACAAUUCAUAGUUUUAUGAAUUGUGAUAUGGAUUAUAUUUAUCUGUAAUUCCUGUUGUCAUCUAGAAAUUAUUAUCACAUGUGCCUAAAUGUAUAUUUCAGGAUGUAUGAUCAUUUUAUU